AUGUGUAAAAACUGGCCUCCUGACAAUAAUGAUCGCGAAUCACCUUCCGAAGAUAACGGAGAUCACACAGACGUGGAAGACGUUCAGGUAAAGGCCAUUUUAUGUCGAGCAAUGAGCGCAACUGAAAGUCAAUGUCACGCGCUGAAUGAGGUUGAGAGCAAAACAGGUCAAGAUGUGGUGAAAAUCAUUGCACAGCCGGGGAGCACUAAAGCACCGACGGAGAUAUCAUGUGGUCAGAAUAUUAAACACAAAAAAAUGGAACCAAAAUUAACAUUCCAAGAGCGCCCCAAUAUGUGUGCUUCGAACGAAGUUACUUUCACGAAUGAGAAAACCAUUGACGAAAAGAAUAAUCCGCGGGAAUCUACUCGUGAACUAAAACGCUCCGUGGGUCAAAUCGGACCGGUGCCGAGCCUGGUUGAACCUAAGCGUCCAUUUACUUCACAGGUCAAUACUAGAGAGGAAAUGAAAAACACUACAGAAUCAUUACUGGGAAUCUAUUCCACACAAAUGGCAGCUCAUGUUAAUAUCAGCCCAGGAACUGUCUCAGUCUCUUCCUUGUUAGGUCCAGGGCUACAGGUAAGCAAUUCAGAAACGCAGGCAUCGCCUUCUGUAUUGAAAAAAACCGCUGAGUGGCCCAACGGUUCUACGAGGACCGCGGAUUUUAACAAAUUCAUGAGGGAGACGGCUUUGAACAACAUACAAUCUGUUCUUAACGAAACAAACCAAGGAGCAUGUUUUGAUGAUUCUAGUGUAACCAGUGCUUGUACUAUGAUGCGGUCUUCCAUUGCGGAGGAACCAUCGGCCCAUACCAUAGUGGAGGGAGUCAGCACCGCUACUGUGGUUUGCCCGGCUGUUGGAAAAACAUCACGAGGGACACAAUCGGAGCAACUGGAACAGGUUAAAGUAGUUCGUGAUAUGCAAAUUCAAACUGGGUUUGUGGAGAUACCAGAGGGAAUUCCUCUGCGAUUUAUUUCGGCCUAUGAGGAAGAGCAACUGAAACAUUUGAACUCUUGUCGCACUAGUCCUGUGACCCCAACAAACAGAGGAAAUCAAAACCUCUCCAGGCUACCAAUUCCCACCGCCAACCUUGUUCGAGUUGACUGGGCUCCAGAAGCAAAACGACCUCCGAAUGAUUCAACAAAAUGCCUUCCACGAACUGUGCCUCAAAACAUGAACGAUAUAGAAUCCGAGCCUUUUGUUUCUCCAAGUCCAACGAGUUACAUAAUCCUACCGCAAAUUCAGAGCUUUAAGAGAAAUUCUAAUCCAUCUGGACCCGCAAAAUCCAUCUGUAAUCCUAAAGGAAUAGUCAAUGGUGCUUCAGCACUGCAACAUCACGUUCCAGUCAGUCAGAUUCCAGUUCCCGAACAGUCAACAGUACCUCGAAGAAGUUUGUAUCAAUUAGUCCGCGACAAUGCUCCAUCUGUUUCUAACAGUAUGGACCUCAUUGUUAAAACAAAUAAAGUGUCUACGACACAAGCACCUAAAUCACCACAAACAUUCACUGCCAUUCCCGUAGCCGAUGGAAGAACUGCGGCCUGUAUGUUCCAUUCUUCUGGAAGAUCGAAUACAGUGGAAGAUGACUGCCAAGGUGACACUGGUGAUAAGGAACGUCAAGCAACAUUGCAUCGAGGUGAGGUUUUAAAGUGUCCAAAUAAACCGCUCAAUACGGCCGAAUCGAAAGACUCGCAUAACCUGAUCUCUGGUGCGCACGCUUCAGUCAAGGGAAGUACAAGUCCGGUUGCGGUUGGCAAUGAAGAUGUGGUAUUUGUUGAAGGAUCCUCGAGUCAAAAUUCUUCACAAGGUUCCACCGUUCAACGAUCAAACCAAACUCCUCUAUUCCGAGUAUAUGGCAAUCCUUCAGCCGAACGAUACUGCAAUCGCAUGACAGUAAACAAUAGCGAGAAGGCUUUCAAUAUUUCUGGUGAUCAUACAACUGAAACAUGUGGUUGUUGUCGAGAUGGGACAUGUGACUGUCCCACAAGCUCUACCAUCACUGGCAGUCACCCGUGCACUUGCGAGUUUUGUCACGGAUCUGGUACGGGACAAUCAGAACGUUUGAAUAAAGUACCACAAGCGGGAAACUCGCUCACAAUUCGUCGUACAGCUGGCGAUGAGGGUAGCUUUCGUAUUAUCUCAAAUCACGGUGUCAAACUAGGUCAAAGAGCGUUUGCUCUUGUUCCGCGUGUCAAAAAGAAGCAAACGCUCGCGGUACUGCAGGAAAUCGCCCGAGUUCAGAAGAAAGUACAGCCGAGCACACAUCUCACUACACUGAGGGAUCUACCAUUGGUCAAGAACCCGAUCGAAAUAUUGUACCUCAAAUUAGAGGUCGAUCCCAAGGGUCAUCAAAACCAAAUCAAGCAGAAUAUGAUCACAGUUGUCCUCCAUUUAAAAGUGAUCGCAGCUGAACUUGGAAGCAAACGGGCUAUUCGUUCCAACAGUGAAGGGUCUCUGGAGUAUGUGGAAGGUAGAUGUGGUUUAAUGGAGGAAUAUCCCGGACCAAGAAGACGAUUGAGUCGAUCUACUGGAUGGAGGGCUACUAGAACUCAUGUACCACCAUUGUCCGUACAACCAGGUCCACCAACAGCGCCGUCAAGUUUGGCAACAACUUUAGCAAGGGUUGCACAGGAUAUAAACUCUGAUCGAAAUGCUUGGAUUGCAAAUCAACAUGGUCGGUUUUUCAGUCCAGCUCGAACAGAUACACGGGAAAUGCCUCUGCAUACAAGGGAAACUCCAACCGGGUUUCCACCUGAAAGCAAUUUCUUACAAAACACAGGCCAAUCGAGAAACAACAAACUGACUCCAAGUGGGAAGAAUUAUCCUGUCUUGCGAGAUGGCAAACGGCCUACGAAUCGAUUUGCUCCGAACAUUCCCAAACCACCUGGUUUGCAGCAAAAUUAUCGAACUGAUGUCAGAAAUCCGAAAAUAAAACAAGCUAUUGGCCAGCUUGGUUGUCCCGGAACCCAAAUGAAAGUAGUAGAAGGUAUUGGUUUUCAAAACCGAUCGGGAUCAUUUUCCAUGCCCAGACCGGGUAAUGUGGUGGACAGAAAUGAAUUUGAAGUUGAACGAAUUUUUGAGCUCAGUCAGUAUGACGAUUUGGUCAAAAGUUAUCUGAAUGUGGCUGAUCGACGAAUUAAAGCCGUAGCAUUGAAAAAUGGGUGUGACAUUCGCAUCGUAGGUCCAAUAACAAAACCGGAUCCAAGUGCAAUAGGCAUUUCAGGUCGUAGCAGAAUCACUUUCAAUUGCCACAUUGCUGGUCCCAGUGAAGAUCGCAUUGGGAAAUGUGUCAACUUUCUCAAAGAGACUUUUCCCAAUUCCUUUCUUCGGACAAACUGGCGUGCGUGA